AGAGAACACAGGCAACACCAUGACAAACACGUACAAAAAAACGUAAGGACACGCAACAGAAAGCAUCGAUUGUCAACAAGCCAAGACACCGAAGCAUCUGGACAUGCACAUCGUAUCAAAUCACACGCAAAAAGGCGAGAACCUAUCACCUGCACACAAACGCCACACACACACACACAUCCACACACACCUCCCACACAGCGACGCCCCUCUCUCUCUCUCUCUCUCUUCUCUGUAUGCAGAGUUCAGCGACGCCAUCGACGCAAACGACAAGGACGCCGUCCAGCUGUGGGCUGCUCUCGCCAAGGCUGAUGACCAGUCGGCUCUGGGCAAGCUCCUCAAGAGCGUGGCCCCCAACAAACUCGACAUCAAGAAGGCCAAGGAGAUCAAGAAGAAGCUGGACAAGAAGUGAUUCCAC